CCAAGAAAUUACCGAAGUAAUAAAGUACUAAAUCUAGCUUUCUUGAGAGAGCAUUGACAAUCUAAGGAACUGUUCCUUCUCCCUCUAAAAGUAAAAAAUGGUUUGGGACACACCCAUGUGUGUACAUACCUUGCACUUAGCCCAACCCAAUGCAACACCUUGUGCUUGUCCAGCAACUAGUACUUCGCACUAAAAGCAAUAAAGCAACAAGUAUCAUCAAGACGAUAUUUAAAUUGCGCUGAGCUAAGCUAAGCAACGGCCGCCACUUUCUCUGCGGCCCGAAAGCGGGGUCAAGCUUUCUCAACAGAAAAAACGCUCUCUGGUUCGCAGUCAACUCUGGCAACUGGUCGCGCAUGCAAUGGAAAAAUCUACUCUUAAGUUUCCCCACGAAAUUCGCGAUGUUGAGGAGUCUACUAAUGCGGAAUUGAUGGAGUACUUCCAUGGCGAGCGGACUGGCUUCGUGCAGGUCGGCUCCGAGGGAUAUUUUUUUCCCCACAAGUACAAGGAAGAGGCGGAGAGGUAUUACAACUUCGAGGCACGGCCGGAUGAUGUGUGGAUAGCCACCGUGCCCAGAUCGGGCACCACGUGGACGCAGGAGCUCAUUUGGCUGCUGGCCAAUGGCCUGGACUAUGAGCAGGCCCAGCGACGGCCGCUCCCUGAGCGUUUUCCAUUUUUCGAGUUUCCCGUGUUCAUGCAUCCCCAAGUGAAGGAGGAGUUGCUGGAGAAAAACAAAGAGUCUGCCAGUGCUUUGGAGUUUAUUGAGAAGAUCUCUCGGCCGGCCUAUGAGGCCCUGAGCGAGGUGCCGCACAGCCAACGACGGUUUAUCAAAACGCACUUUCCCUUUUCCCUAAUGCCGCCCAGUGUCAUGGAGAAAAAGUGCAAGGUUAUAUAUGUGGUGCGUGAUCCCAAGGAUGUGGCAGUGUCCUACUACCAUUUGAACAGGCUUUUCCGCACCCAGGGCUAUGUGGGAGAUUUUGAGCGGUACUGGCGCUACUUUCAGCGAGGACUAAAUCCCUGGCUGCCUUACUACAGUCAUGUGAAGGAAGCUCGCGCGUACGCCCAUUUGGAUAAUGUCCUCUUUCUGCGCUACGAGGAUAUGCUGGUGGAUCUCCCAGGCACUAUUCAUAGCAUUGCCAGCUUCCUGGAAUGUCCGCCAAAAGCCAAGGAUAUGGACAGGCUGCUGGAUCAUCUGAGCAUUCAAAAUUUCCGAAAUAACAAGUCGGUUAACAUGCACGAAAUGGCCUCCGUGGGCAUUCUCAACGAGGGAGAGGCGGGUUUUGUUCGAAAGGGCUCUAAAACAGAGUGCCAGCCGCAAAAGGAGUUCGUCGAUAAUCCCAGUCUGCUCGUUAAUGCUAACGAAUGGAUCGAACAGAAUGUAAAGUGCUUGAAAACUAUAUAAACUCGAAACUUUGAUGGCUA